AUGGAGGCGGCUGCUCACUUCCAGCCACAGCCCUCCAAUGACACAGCACAUGCUCUCAGCGCAAUGGAUACAUCAAUGGAUAUUGAUAUGGACCUUGACCUAGGUCCCUUGCCCGAACCAGAGCAUCUUGAGCCAGAGAUUAUGGCGACACCCUCGGUGGAAGAGGCAGCGGCGAGCUCUCACCUUAAUGAGGAACCCCAGUUUGAGAAGGUCCAUAUUAGGGGGGUUGAUGAGUUGACCACGGAUGAUCUUAAGCGCUACGCAAAUGAGCAUUUCACUGUGGAAGAACCCGUCCGGCUAGAAUGGAUCGAUGACACAUCUGCGAAUUUCGUGUACAGCUCGACUGAAAUCGGCCUCCAGGCCCUGGCGAUAUUUUCACAACAAAGCAUUGAAGAAGAUACGUCACCACUACCUUCACUACGGCUCCGAACAGCGAAAUCCCUAUCAACACAUCCGGAAUCGGUGCUCCAAGUACGGUCAGCAGUGAAGUCAGAUCGAAAAAGGCAGCGUGCGCAUGAAUGUAGCCGCUUCUACCUUAUGCAUCCGGAGCAUGACCCACGAGAGCGCAUGAGGAAAGAGUUCGCUGACAGGUGGCGCGGCGGUCGACGGGAUGACAGCGACAGCGACUACUCAAGAAGGCAUUUCGAUGACAGGGAACAUAGACGGAGAAGGGACCGUGCAAACGAUGAAUUUUUCGACGUUAGCAUGUACGAUGACGACGGGGGAAGAGGUCGCAGAAGAAGUGGCUCACCUGAAACGGGAUCAAAUGGCGGUGGGAAGGGGAGAGCAAGACAGAACAGACGCGCUGGCCACGAACUUUUCCCCGAUGACGGGCAUGGCCCCAAAGGGCGUCUUCGAGAUCGAAGCGCUUCUCCGCCUAGAGUGGAAUUCGAUCAAGAGGACCCUAUAGUGGAUAGCCUGGAGCGAAUUCGUAGACCCUUCCGAGAACGAUCCCCAAUAAACAGUCGAAACAGGGAUCUUUUCUCCCGGGAUCAUGAAUAUGUCAAUAGCGACGACAGCUCUGGACCCCGAGAGCUAUUUCCGAAUAAAACGUCAUCUAGUUAUCUCAAGAAGGGAUUUUUCCCAAAUAAAACUUCCACAAGCAAUCACCGGCGUUCUGAUGCAUUCGACGCUGCGGACGAAACCGCGGAAUUGUUCUCCAAUCACAUGGCAAUUCCAUUGGUGAGUAGUGAUGCGGGCGGUGGUGUGGCAACCGACAGGUCAAAAGGCCAAGUCGAAUUGUUCCCAGAGAAAACGGGCAACAAUGGAAUCAAAAUUCGUGGUUCUGCCUCAGAGACUCAGGGGAUAUCUAUUCGUGGAGCCUCGAAAGGAGUCUCUAUCAAAGGUGCAGCGUCGGUGAGGGAGUUAUUUCCUUCGAAAUACAGCAGCAACGAGGGCAAAGAACUCUUUUCUGAUAAGCUUCAAGGUCGAGGAGGUAGGCGGAGGAGGGCAGAGGACAUGUUUUCAUGA